GUGUUUGUGCGGGUGAUUGAUUUAUCCUCAGCACUGAUAAAAAUAUCUACAGAAUAUACAUAAUGCAACACCAGAUCUCCACCAUCUAUAUCACAUGCUUCUUCCCGUGGAAUGGCGAGAAUAUGCCUCUUACACUCUCGUUCAGCGAGAUAACUGGCCUGGUAAUCCUCUUUAAUUUUGUACCGGAGGAAUUUCGGAGAAGCUGUGCUUUCUGAAGAAUCUGUUGAAUCUCCAACCCAUCGACCGGAAUGACCUUCUCACGGCCGUUGACUAGUAGUGGUUAGUUAUCUGUAUGAAAGAUAGCGGGUGGUGAUAGAUAUGGAGGUGAUUACUGUAGGUUCCACGGAUUAUCGGUAUCUUGUUGGGUCGUGGGGCAACAAUGAUUUCUAUCUGCGGGUUUUGUCUGGCGAAUUGUGAUAGUGAAUGCUUUAGGAACGACCUGUCCUUCGGUCAGGAAAGAAAUACCGAGUCAGUUCGCAUGAUAUUUGGGAGAUUGGGGGUGGUAAAAGGUGUUGGGUGGAUCCGAACGUGCCUCAUCCCCUUUGAGCUCCCGGCCCAAUCACAGAAAUUGAAUUCCAUGCGUUUGCACUGGAGAAUAAAAGCCCCUACACCAUUCUGGGAUUUCGAGACAGCUCGGAGGGCUGAGACAGGCAUCGCUCCUUCCUUCGUCCGUCUGUUCUUGCAAUCGAUCGGGGGGGGCGGGAGGUGGGGAGGUGCGAUCUUGAACGGUCAGCAGUGAAGAAAAAAAAAGUGACAGUGGGUGUGGUGAAGGGAUAGAUUAAAGGUGAGGUUGAUUGGUGAGUCAGCCAAAGUGGGAAGGGGAAUCCCCACAGGGGCGCGUCUGCCAAGACAAUUUUUCUGGCGACCGACGCGACUUCUUAGGGAAUCCAAUCUCUCUUUUCUCAGCGACAGCCUUCUCCCUUCCAACUCACUCGUCCUGCCAUCCAAACACACCCACUUUUCAUUUUUUUUGUCGGAAAACACCGCUCGACUGCUUGAAAAAAACCGGAAUCGUCAAUAGGUGAAAAUAAUCAGAAGGAUAGAGGUUACCACCAGCCAUGGGUGAUGAAGUUAGCAUAGACAAGUCGCUCUUUCACUCUCGUCUCGGCGGCCUGGUUGCGGCUUGGAAGGAUCCGAAGAGGGCGGAUUUGUUCGGUGGUGUUGGUUCUAUUGUCAUAAUCUUGGGGAAGACUGUGGAGGGCCCCUAUUCGAAGAGUCUUGCUCUGCAUGUAAGUCUUAGAGCAUUUCGUCCCUUGGCCAUCACUCUCUUACGUUUUAUUUAUUCUCUGCUUCGGAUUUUCCGGGGAGGUUUUGUUUUCGGAGGCUUACGUGAAUUGUGUAGUUCUGGUUGCUAGGAUACGAAUUCCCGACAACGCUCUUUGUCGUUACGCAAGAUAAAUUUUAUGUUGUGACUACGCCUAAGAAAUGUUUGUGCUAGCGAUUUCCUUGAUUGGUGUUACAAUAGCAGCAGGUGUCGGUCGUCUUGGUGGCGGAUCCGCUAACAGCUCCCGUUGUGUGCAGCAAAACAUCUAGAAACUCUGAAGGGUGGUAAAUUCCCGAUUGAAAUCCUAGUACGAGGAAAGGAUGAGGCACAGAACACCCAAAACUUCAAAGACCUGGCGGAGGUCAUCAAGAAAUCCGGGGUAGGACUUGCUCCCUUUGCUCGGUUACAUGGUGGGGUUCUGAAACUGACUGCCCCUAUGCUAUGUAGAAAAAGGUUGGCGUCUGCAUAAAGGACAAGGCGGAAGGUCCCUUCGUCAACGACUGGAAGAAAAUAUUCCCUGCGGAAAUUGAAGGUGUGGAGGAAUUUGAUGUCACACCCGCAAUUUCGCAGUGCCUAGCUGUUAAGGAUGAUCUGGAGUUGGUAAGUCGAGCUGUAAUGGGGCCCAAGAGCUAGGUGUUAACGGUGUAUUAGAAAACUAUGCGUGCUUCCUCGCGUGCCUUGGUCGGUAUUAUGAAGGAUUACUUCAUCGACGAAAUGUCUACGAUCAUCGACGAGGAGAAGAAGAUAACUCACGUGCAGCUGUCGCAGAAAAUCGAGGCGAAGAUCGAUGAUGAAAAGUUUUUCAGAGCCAAAGAGAUGAAACUCGGCCCGGAUGUAUGCUCUAUUCCGUUGCACUACUUGUUGUGCACUAAACUGACUUUUGUCAUAGUUUGACCCAUUACAGCUAGACUGGACCGUCGGGCCAUUGGUGCAGAGUGGAGGGAGGUAUGAUUUGCGGUCGAAUGCUGCAUCGGAUGAUAGCCAGCUUCAUGGUGGUAUUAUUUUGUCAACCAUGGGAUUACGUUACAAGAGUUAUUGUUCAGCUAUUGCAAGGACCUUUCUCAUCGACCCGAAUAAGGUAAUCCUCGGUUCUUGAAUUUCACGGAGGGUUCUUGGUUAACGUGGUGAUAGUCCCAAGAGAAAUACUACAGCUUCCUAGUCGAUCUCCAAUGGAAGGUCUUAUCCGAAAUACGCGAUGGGGUUGUUUGCAAGGAUGUUUAUAAUAAGGCUAUUGCUUUUAUUAAGUCAAAGCAUCCAGAAUUGGAGAAGCAUUUCCUUAAAGCUAUUGGUUCUAUUAUUGGAAUUGAGGCCAAGGAUACAAUCACUGCCAUUACUGCUAAGAGUAAUAGGGUCGUCAAGGAUGGGAUGACUCUCUGUGUUACUGUGGGCUUUGCCGAUUUGGAGAACCCGAAGCCACAAGACUCUAAGAGUAAAGUCUACAGUCUUGUUUUGACUGACACCAUUAAAGUUACUGCUGGUGACCCGAUCGUAUUCACUGGAGGAUGUUCCAAGGAUCUAAAGGAGACUGCCUUCUACUUCAAGGAUGAAGAGCCGGAGCAAAAGGUCAAGGAGAAAAAGCCAGCACCUAAACCAGCGCCUGCUAAGAAUACCGCUAUUUUGAAGGCUAAGCUCCGGGGAGAGCGCAAGGAGGUUGACGAGGGCGCGGAGCAGAAGAGGAGGGAGCAUCAAAAGGAGUUGGCUCAGCAAAAGCAAGAAGAGGGUCUAGCUCGUUAUGCGGAGGGAGAUGCGGUUGGCGAUGGCAAGGGCAAAAAGGCGAUCAAACGAUUCGAGUCUUAUAAGCGCGAAAACCAGUUGCCUUUGUCGGUUGCAGACCUUAAGAUUGUGGUAGACGCCAAGAGCCAGACCAUCAUUGUGCCUGUUUUUGGGAGACCAGUUCCUUUCCACAUCGCAACAUUGAAGAAUGCCAGCAAGACGGAUGAGGGUAAUUGGACUUAUCUUCGCAUCAAUUUCCUCUCACCGGGUCAAGGUGUUGGGAGGAAAGAUGAUUUGGUGAGUGUCUUGUUGUAGUACACCCACAGAAGGGGGAUAUGCUAAUAAUAAUACCCUUAGCCGUUUGAGGACCCAAAUGCCCAUUUUGUACGAAGCUUGACUUAUAGAAGCACGGACAACGAUCGUAUGGCUGAGAUCUGUGCAGCUAUCCAAGAUAUGAAGAAGAAUGCUGUCAAGCGUGAGCAGGAGCGCAAGGAGAUGGAGGAUGUGGUGACCCAAGACAAUCUGGUGGAGAUUAGGAAUCGUCGACCUCAAAGACUUGGGGAUAUCUAUGUCCGCCCUGCGCUUGAAGGCAAACGUGUUCCGGGGGAAGUCGAGAUUCACCAGAACGGUCUUCGCUAUCAAUCACCUAUUCGUAAUGAUCAUCGCAUUGAUGUCCUUUUCAGCAACGUCAAACAUCUUUUCUUCCAACCUUGCGCUCACGAGCUCAUUGUCCUUAUCCAUGUCCAUCUCAAAGACCCGAUCAUGGUUGGGAAAAAGAAGACCAAGGAUGUUCAAUUCUACCGCGAAGCCACCGACAUUCAGUUUGACGAGACUGGGAACAGAAAGAGGAAGUAUAGAUAUGGAGACGAAGAGGAAUUCGAACAGGAGCAAGAGGAGCGUAGACGGAGGGCGCUUUUGGAUAAGGAAUUUAAAGCGUUCGCGGACAAAAUCUCUGAAGCUGGGAAGAAGCAUGAAAAUGGUGUAGACGUUGACAUACCGUACCGUGAACUAGGGUUCAAUGGGGUCCCCUUCCGUGCGAAUGUACUUUGCGCGCCCACUACGGACGCUCUUGUGCAGCUUACCGAUCCCCCGUUCUUGGUUAUUACUCUUGACGAGGUAGAGAUUGCCCACUUGGAAAGAGUUCAGGUUAGUUUCAAAUCCUAUACCGAGGCGAUUAGGUGUGGCUUACCCGGCAAUUUGUAUAGUUUGGAUUGAAAAACUUUGACCUGGUCUUUGUGUAUAAAGACUAUACCCGGCCUGUUUCUCAUAUCAAUUCCAUUCCUAUGGAGUCUCUUGAGAAUGCCAAGGAGUGGCUUGACUCUUCUAACAUCCCUUUCACAGAAGGCCCGUUGAACUUGAACUGGCCGACAAUUAUGAAGACUGUGAUUGCGGACCCCCAUCAGUUCUUCAAAGAUGGUAACAUGAUUUCUAGCGUUCUUGUGUCAAUCUAAAUUUAGGCUAACAAUAUGCGAAUGUAGGCGGGUGGAACUUCUUGUCCGUGGAGUCUGAUGCUGACGAUGAUGACGAGGAAGACGAGGUGUCUGAAUUCGAAGCCGAUAGCUCCGACUCCGAGUCCGAGGGCAGCGGGGAGGAUAGUGAAUUCGACGACGAUGACGCUAGCGCAGAUGAAGGCUCCGAAGCGUCGGACGAUGAAUCUGGCGGUGAGGAUUCGGAAUGAUCUUAUUACACCUCAUUUAUUAAUUCAUAUUACCUUUUUCUCUUUCUUUUGCCAUCAUUUUUGCACAUCCAUGAUCCCUAGAAACAAAAUUCACAUGGUUGAGGAUUCCGUUGUUUGCUUUUCCCAACAAUGGCACUUUCUUAUUAUCAGAGAAAAGACAGCUCUAAUACCUUGCUAUGAUUUUGCGGUGGAUAGAUGAUUGGGAUGACCUUGAGGAUGAGGCCAGGCGGAAGGAUAAGGAGGUUUCUGUCAAAGUUGAGGAGAAGCCGAAGAAGGGGAAGAGGCGCUGAGUGGGAGACACUUGGUUUGGGUCUAAUUUGGUAUUUGCUGGUAAAUGUAUGAUAAAUUACCCUUUUCUUUUUCCUAUCAUUUUUGAGUUUGCUUUCUUGCUUGUGGGGGUUUUUUCUUUCAAAAAGCUCCCCGGUGAAGAGAUAUAUCGAGAUCUCGAGAGGCGCUAGUGUAUAAGGUGGAUUGGUGGAUGGAUGGAACUGGUAGUUAGCUGGUUAUGAAAUUGUGGGCUGGGGGAAGUGGGAAAGGUUUGCUGGGAUGGAUGGUUUGCUGGGAAUUAUCGAAAUGACAUUCUUCUAUGGAA